AUGACUGAAGAAAAGGUUACAUUUCUAUUAAAUAGUGCAUCAGACUUACCACAGAUUUCGAAAAACAAAGUUACACUUUCUCGCCAAAAAUCCAUGCUGUUUUUAGUUAAAUACGUUAAGCAAAAAUUAAAUAUCCAAGGAAAUCAAUCAAUUCACUUGUUCUUCAACAAUUUCGCAAUUUACCCUGAUUGGACAGCCGGAGAUGUUGCUGACCACUCUCCUGGCCAGACAACUUUAGAUAUUUACUAUUCAUCAGGGCAAGUGUUCGGUUGA